AUGUCGAUGCUCAAGACACUCGCUCUCUUUUCCCUGUUUGUGAUAUCAUUCGCUUCGCCUGUUAAUGUGAGGCAAAAUUCUGGGCCCUCGGUGGCCAUCAGGAAUGGAACUGUCGUUGGAUCUUCGUCAGGCGGCGUCGACUCGUUCAGGGGUAUCCCGUUCGCUCAACCCCCUGUCGGCAACCUCCGGCUGCGAAAGCCACAGCCACUUGUAGCAGGCUUUAGCGGCGGUGUAUUCACGACCACGGGUACGCCGAGGUCAUGUCCUCAAUACUCGACGGAAACCAACACAUCCAGCCUCUCAUUGACGGUGGCCGCUCUGUUCUCCCUUACACCGCUGGGUCAGGCCAUGACUACGCCGACGGGCGAGGACUGUCUGACGCUGAAUGUACAGCGCCCUUCCACGGCUACUUCGUCUUCAAGAUUGCCUGUCGUCUUCUGGAUAUUUGGCGGCGGCUUCCAAGCGGGUUCAACCUCUAUGUACGACGGCACCAACUUCAUCACCAAGUCAAUGUCGCUGGGCGAACCCGUUAUUUUCGUGGCGGUAAACUACCGGGUGUCCGCCUUUGGAUUUCUGGCGGGAAGGGAGCUCAGUGCCGAGGGCUCAACCAAUCUGGGCCUCAGAGACCAGCGUCAGGGUCUCAAGUGGGUGCAGGAAAACAUUGCUGCCUUCGGAGGAGACCCCGACCGGGUCACCAUCUGGGGCGAGUCAGCCGGCAGCAUCUCCGUCUUUGACCACACCAUCAUCAACGGCGGCGACAACCGGUACAAUGGCAGACCCCUUUUCCGCGGCGCCAUCAUGGACUCGGGGUCCGUAGUCCCCGCACUCUCAGCCACCGCUGCCAAGGCCCAAAAUGUCUUCGAUAGUGUCGCCAGCGCUGCCGGGUGUGGCGCUUCUGCUGACAAACUUGCCUGUCUGCGGUCCGUCGACUACGGCACGCUGCUCAAUGCCCAGCGUGCCGUCCCAAGCAUCAACAGUUAUCGCUCUCUCGACCUCAGCUACCUGCCCCGUCCAGACCCCAGCGAUAACUUCUUUCCUCGAUCGCCCGAACUCGCAGUAGCUGCCGGCCGGUUCGCCAAGGUGCCCAUCAUCAUUGGCGAUCAGGAAGACGAAGGCACUGUCUUCGCCCUCUCCACAGGCAACAUCACCACCAACGCCCAACUGAACGCAUAUUUGGCUUCCUACUUCCCUGGAAAUCCCAACGCCCUUUCUGAUGUCUCGGGUCUUACCGCCCUCUAUCCUAACCAGCCGUUGCUGGGCCAACCGGCCGGCUCGCCCUUUCGCACCGGCGCUGCUAACAACAUCUACCCCCAGUUUAAGCGUCUAGCCGCCCUCCUAGGGGACAUCGCCUUCACCCUGACCCGCCGCGUCUACCUCGCCCAGGUGGCCAGUCAAGUGCCCUCAUACAGCUAUCUUUCCACCUACCUAUAUGGCACUCCCGUUGUCGGCACCUUUCACGGAACUGAUGUGCUUGUGGCCUUUGGCAUUGUCGACGGCGGUGCUAGCACACCUGCACAGACCACGCAGACGUACUUUAUCAAUUUUAUCAACAACCUCGAUCCCAAUCUUCCUACGACCCCAGCGCCAUUGAUCAACUGGCCCAGAUGGUCGACGGCUUCGCCCAACCUGCUGAACUUUGGGCUCUUCGGCAAUAAUAUCCUUGCCGAUGACUUUAGGCAGAAUGCUUUCAACUACCUUAGGGCAAGGCCCUCGAGCUUCCGCAUAUGAUGAGCCGAAAGGGGUGUUCUGCAGUAUCAGUGGUGAUGACAUGUUAGGAUAAUCUUAUUUCCCUUGCGUUUUUACCCUGGUUGCUACACGUCUUCGACAAGGUAUCUUCUCCAUCAUCCGCGGGAGUCUACAACGCUCCUUGAGAGUCUGUUAUAUUACUGUUCGACAUACAUCUCCCAGGCAAUUAAAAUUAAUAAUAGAG